AAUGCUACGUGUCUUGAAGUUUCCAAACUCUCCCUCUUCGUUCUGAUUAAUAUCUGCGGGCUAACCAUCUCUCUGCUUCAGUCUACUAUAAAGUAACACAGCCCGUCUUGUCGUCACAAGUCCUAACCUUCAGCGAUCCUUAACACCGAACCAAUCUGUAUGAUGUCUGGAAACAAAAAGCAGCGAACGGUUCUCCAAAGGUCGACCAACGUGGUGCUGCAGGCCCACCACGUGAGCCGGAGCAAAAGAGGCCAGGUGGUGGGCACCCGCAGCGGCUUCCGAGGAUGCACCGUCUGGCUGACCGGUCUGUCCGGUGCCGGGAAGACCACGAUCGGUUUCGCUCUGGAGGAGUACCUGGUCACCCACGGGAUCCCCUGCUACUCCCUGGACGGCGACAACAUCCGCCACGGACUGAACAAGAACCUGGGCUUCACCUCCACCGACAGGGAGGAGAACAUCCGGCGCAUCGCCGAGGUGGCCAAGCUGUUCGCCGACGCUGGCCUGGUGUGCAUCACCAGCUUCAUUUCCCCCUUCACUAAGGAUCGGGAUGAAGGCAGGAAGAUCCACGACAGCGCCGGGCUGCCGUUCUUCGAGGUGUUUAUCAACGCCCCCCUGGAGGUGUGUGAGGAACGGGACGUCAAAGGCCUCUACAAGAAGGCCCGCGCCGGCGAGAUUAAAGGCUUCACUGGCAUUGACUCUGACUAUGAGAAGCCAGAAGCCCCUGAACUGGUGCUGAAAACCGGGGAGAUCAGUGUCAAUGAGUGCAUCCAGCAAGUGGUGGACCUCCUGAAAGAGCAGGGUAUUGUGCCGACCGGCCUCAUGGAAGAGGUGAACGAGCUGUUCGUGUCCGAAAAUAAGCUCAACCUGGCCAUCGCCGAUGCCCGCACCCUGCCCACCCUCAGCAUCACCAAGCUGGACCUGCAGUGGGUACAGGUGUUAGCAGAGGGCUGGGCCACCCCCCUUAAGGGCUUCAUGAGAGAGAGGGAGUACCUGCAAGUCCUGCACUUUGGCACGCUGCUCGACGGUGGCACCAUCAAUCUGUCCGUGCCCAUCGUCCUGCCCGUUUCCACGGAGAAGAAGCAGAGCCUGGACGGCUGUGCUGCCUUUGCCCUGGAGUACCAGGGUCACAGGGUGGCAAUUCUCCGCAACCCCGAGUUCUACGAGCACCGCAAGGAGGAGCGUUGUUCCAGGCAAUGGGGGACGUGUUGUCCGCAGCACCCUUAUAUCAAGAUGGUAAUGGAAGGCGGUGAUUGGCUGGUUGGUGGCGACCUGGAAGUGCUUGAACGAAUCAAGUGGAAUGAUGGUCUGGACCAGUAUCGUUUGACUCCCCAGGAACUGAAACAGAAAUUCAAGGCAAUGAAAGCAGACGCCAUCUUCGCGUUCCAGCUGCGCAACCCCGUGCACAACGGGCACGCCCUGCUGAUGCAGGACACCAAGCGGCGGCUGCUUGAGCGGGGCUACCAGCGGCCGGUGCUGCUGCUGCACCCGCUGGGCGGCUGGACCAAGGACGACGACGUGCCGCUGGACUGGCGCAUGAAGCAGCACGCCGCCGUGCUGGAGGAGGGCGUGCUGGACCCGGCCUGCACCAUCGUGGCCAUUUUCCCCUCGCCCAUGAUGUACGCUGGGCCUACGGAGGUUCAGUGGCACUGCAGGGCCCGGAUGAUAGCCGGCGCUAACUUCUACAUAGUAGGCAGAGACCCAGCUGGCAUGCCCCACCCGGAGACCAAACAGGACCUGUACGAGCCCACCCAUGGGAGCAAGGUGCUGACCAUGGCUCCCGGCCUCACCUCCGUGGAGAUUAUCCCCUUCAGAGUCGCGGCCUACAACAAAGUCAAGAAGGGCAUGGACUUCUACGACAAAGAGCGACACAGCGAGUUCGAGUUCAUCUCCGGAACCCGCAUGAGGAAGCUGGCGAGGAGCGGGGAGAACCCGCCCGACGGGUUCAUGGCUCCAAAGGCGUGGAAGGUCCUCACGGAAUACUACUCCUCUCUACAGAAGGACCAGUGAAUGGUCCAUCUCGCUUCUCCAAAAGGCAUUGGGUCCUACUUAGGCGCAAGGAAAUGAAACAUUCCAGUAUCUGAAUCUUUCUUUUUUUACUUUUCCUUUUUUUUCAUGUGUUAUGUUUAGUCUAAAAGCAUAUGUGUUUUAUGAUAUAAAUGUAAAGCUGCCUUUCUUACCUGCAUGGUUUCAUAAUUUAUUUACAUUCUUGAUUCUGUGAUCAUUUCAGUCGUGGUGACGAAGGUGCUAGGAAGCAGAUGAGGGUGUUUUUUACUCUGUUGUCAGAAGUGCUGUUGAAACCGUAAGUGUGAUUACAGCUGUGGUAUAUGGCAAGCAGUACUUGUGACACAUGCUUGUGUGCUGUGGUUUUCAAGUUGUGCAAUUCUUAGGAAGGGAAGAAGUGAGGUUAUGUCUGGUCCCUGGCUUGGGAUUUCCCUUCCCAUUAUAAAUAAAUGAGGUACAUGCGUCAACUCAUUGUCACUUGGAUAUAGCACAGAAAUCAACAUUUUUUCUGUCAAGCUGACUUCUGUGUCAACUGCGUUCUGUAGACAGAUUCCAAAUGUGACAUACACUCAGUGGCCAUUUCAGUACACUUAUCUAGUAUGGGGUAGGACCCCUUUUUGCCUCCAGAACAGCCUGAAUUAUUCAACAAGGUUCUGGAAACAUUCCUUAGGGAUUUCCGUCCAUGCUGAUUGCAUCAUACAGUUCCAGCAGAUUUUUCAGCCGCACAUUCAUGCUGUGAACUCUCAUUCCGCCUUGUAACAGAGAUAUUCUAUUGCAUUGAGAUGUGGGGACUGUGCAGGCCAUUGGAGUAAACUGAAGUUACUCUCAUGUUUGUGGAACCAUCUUGAAGCAAGGCAGGUGGAUCAUGGAUUCAUGAUGUUAACGUCAAAUUCUGACCGUACCAUCUACAUGGCACAACAGAGAUGAUGUCAGUCUAGUUUUGGUGAUGUUGUGCCCACUGUAGCCUCAUCUUCCUGUUCUUAGCUUACAGGAGUGGAACCUGAAAUGAUCUUGUGCUGCUGUAGCCCAUCUGCUUCAGAGUUUGACACGUUGUGUGUGCAGAGGCACAGAUGCCCUUCUGCACACCACUGUUGUAAACAACUGUCAUUUCAGCAUUCAUGGGCUUUCGGUUCGCUUGAGUGAGUCUACCUCUGACCUCUCUCAUAAAAAAGGUGUUUUCACCCACAGAACUGCUGUUCACUGGAUUUUUGUUUAUCGCACCAUCCUCUGUAAACACUAGAGGCUCUAGUGCGUGACAAUCCCAGAAGGGCAGCGGUUUCUGAGAUCACAUCUUCCACCAACAAUCAUGCUAUGGAGAAAGUCACUUAUCAUGUGUCUUGCCCAUUCUAAUGCUUAGUCCAGCAACAACUAAACCUCUUCACAUGUCUGCGUGCUUUAUAUACCGGUUGCAGUGGGUGUUUGGAGGAGUAGGCUAUUUGCAUUAAUUUGCAGGAAUACCUAAUAAACUGACCACUGAGGGUAGACUGAUGAGAACCUGUCACUGUAUUAGAUGCCAGAACAUGGCUUAAAAUAUGUCAUAUGAAAUUACUUAAGUUUUUAACCGAUAUGCAUUUUUUAAAAACAUUUGCUAAAUCCUAAACAUUUCCAGUUGCUUGCUAAUUAUAUUUUCAAUAGCUGCCAAUGUUACAAUUGUCAUUAUUUUAUGUAGUAAUGUAUUAUUAUUUUCAAAUCCUCUUUUUUGUGUUGUGUUUACUCUGUAAGAAAGGACAAUUCAUGCCAUCAGUUACAAAUUCAAUGGUUAAUUCCUGUAUCCUGUACACAAAACUCAAGUGCCUUUUUCUGUUGAAUGUCAAUAUGAAUGUACUACUGUGCUUUUUGUUACCUUUCUAUUUAAAGCUGUGAUUGGAUGCCCAAUGAAUGAUGUAAUCUGAAAUUUACAUAUUUUCAUAUCUGAAUUUACCUGAUGAGUAACUAAAGGUAAGGGACCAUCAAGUGUAUAGGGUUUGCCUGCAACAAUGGGGAUGCUUCACAUGUGUGAAGGAUAAAAAAAAGUAUUUAUUAAUGUCAAUCUUUGUGCCUUAACUGAUUAUCUUUUAAUAUUUACAGUAGCUGCUUACCAUUUAAAAUUUAUAAACCAGAGUUUUAGUAGAAAUUAAAACUUUACAUUUA